AUGUAUACUCUUCUUCUCAUCACUCUCGCCGCCACUGGCGCUUUCGCCGUUCCCACCGUCAAGGCUCGCGGCGGCAGCGAGAGCGGCAUGGGCAUGACCGUCGCGGAGGCCGGCAACCAGUGCGGCAACGGACAAGUCGUCUCCUGCUGCGACACCAGCACUUCAAGCCUCGCCUCGGGCCUCCUCAGCGGCGACCUGAACGGCAUCCUCGGCGGCAGCUGCAGCCCCAUUCCCCUGUCUCGUGAGUUUUCCCAUCACUUGGUCAAAAAGAAAACCGGGGUAAACUUACACAAGCCUGCGUUGGUAGCGAGGCCGCUUGCUGCACCGGCGACCAAACCUGCGCCGUCAUCACCCUCUAAGGCACGGGACGAAAUGUUCACGGAUCUUCGAUGGGUGGGGUGCGCCGCGCGAGCAGAAUUCAAGACGGAAGAUGGGAGAAAUCGUGAACUCAGAACCGUGAGCUGA